AUGGUAGUGGCCAUGGUCAUGGUCGCCCUCCUCCCGUCGCCCGCAUCCGCCUCCCUCGCCAGCCGCACCUCCUCGGGCCUCCUCUACUACUACCCGUUUGCGGCGUGGGCAGGUAGCCAGCCGCAGUGGGCGCUCUCGGCCACCAGCUCUUUCUCGGUCGAUCCUCCGUUCCUCGUCUCAAACGCAACGUUCCAUCACUCGCUCUCGGCGUGGGCCCCGCCGCACGCUCUCGCUGUCUCGGCCGACACUGUUGCCGCAAAGCCCGUGGCGACCUCGGGCAACAUCCUCGACGCCCGGGCGAGGUUCGCCGGCUCGGUCCACACCACGGGCUUCUCGCUCGAGCUGUGGAUGACCCUUCCGGAUCCGCUGCCGGUGCCCGCGGCCAACGCCCGGCUCGCUGUCUUUUCUUCCGACAUUGUCGACGAGUGCGACGUCGAUGCUCCGCUGCAGCUCUACUACGCAGGCUCAGGCUCGGUCGUCCUGCGCCUGGCGCAGAGCAACGCCGGCUCGCCGUACUGCACCACCAUUGUGUCGGCUGCAGGCGUGCUCACUGCCGGCGGAACCCAUCACUUGCUUGUCUCUGUACCUGCUGCAGACACCGCUGCUGCCCCCUACGGCAACAUCCGCCUCUACGUCGACUCGGUCCUCGUCUCGAGUGACGGAGCCGAGACUGAGCUUGUCUCGCCGCUCACUGGCGGCGCUUGGGACGGCUUUGGCAGCAAGACGCUCACCCUUGGCUCUACCGGCCAGGGCGCCAGCGUCUUCCGCGGGCUCAAGUUCCACCAGGCUGCCAUCUACGGCAAGCCGCUCUCCGACAGCGAGCGCGCGCUCAACUACGCAGUUGGCCCGUACAACAACCCGCCGACCGCAGCGUCCGCCACCGUCGCCGCCGUCGAGGACACCGACACCGUGGUGACCCUCGCCGGCUCAGACGUAGACGUCGGUGACAGUGCAAGGCUCGCCUUCCGUGUCGCCUCGCUCCCCACCGCCGGCACGCUGUACCAAGCGCUCGUCGCCGGCUCGCCGCCGUCUGUCUCGAUUGUCCGCGGCGCCGCCAUCACCACCGCAGGCACUUCAGUCACCGACGCCGGCGGCCGGGUAGUCUACGUUCCGCCGCCCGAUGCCCACGGCACCUCCCUGGCCUCGUUCACCUUUGCCGCGACAGAUGGCGAGGCGUGGUCAGCCGCGGCGCCGAUCGUCUUUGACGUCUCGUCGGUCAACGACGUGCCCCGCGUCACUCUCGCCACGCCCGGCACCCUCACCGGCUACUGGGCCGCUCCGCUUGACGUCUCGGCCUUUACCGUCAGCGACGCCGAGGACGACAUCCUCACCGUGACCGUAGCAGUCCAGCACGGCCACGUCAGCAUUGCGGCCGUCGGCGGCCUCACCCUCACGGUCGGCGCCUUCACCGGCGCGCCAGCCAUCACCUUUGCCUGCGCGGUCGCAGACUGCAACACCGCUCUGGCGUCAAUGUCGUACACCGCGCUGGCGGCAACCGCUGCUCUAGCCACCUCGGACGCGCUGACCGUCUCAGUCACCGAUGUCCACGCCGGCCUCGCCGCGUCCGCGGCGUCGGUCUCCAUCAACACCGCCGCCGCGCCGCCGACAGUGGUGGCGCCUGGCCCCGGUCCGCUCACCGUCGCUGUCUCGGACACGCUCACGAUUACCGGCCUCUCGGUCACUGCCGCGAACACAGCGACAAGCACCCGCCAGUUGAGCUGCACCCUCGCCACAGCCUCCGGCCUCAUUACGCUGCCGAGCCUCGCAGGCUCGGGCGCAAGUGUGAGCCAUGGCUCAGCUGCGGCGGCGACCUCGGUGACAGUCGUCGGAACUGCCGCGCAGGUCACCGCGGCAUGGGCGAGUGCCACCUACCGCACCCUCCUUGCACCACCUACCGGCUCGCCGGGCAGUGACACUCUCACCGCCAGCUGCGGCCUGUAUCUCGUCGGCACGCUCUUCCCACCCGGCGCCGCAGCAGUGAGUGACUCGGUGGCCAUCCACGUGCCGGUCCUCUCGCCGCCGACCAUCAGCGCUCCUGGUGCACCGUACACCAUGGCUGCAGGCGCAGCGUUCUUCACGUUUGCACCGCCGCUCACGGUGGCUGACCCGGACGCUCCGGCGUCGUCCAAACUCGCGCUGACCAUAUCGGUUGACGUCGGCUCGUUCUCGUUUGGCUCGCUCGGAUCAGCUUCGCUGCUUGUCGGCAGCGGGCGUGCCGACGAGGCCGCCAUUGUCGUCGGCACCGCUGCCGAGAUCAAUGCUGCGCUGGCCACACUCUCGUACACGCCAGGCGCAAACCCAGACGGCGCCGCGUCGGGCGUCUUUACCCUCGACGUCGCCGAGGGCGCGCCGGGCUACUUUUCUUUCUCGCUCAACGUGCCGGUAAGCCUGCCUCCCACGCCGGCAGGCGCGUACGUCAUCUCGCAGCCGGCGGUCGUCGCACCGCAGCUGCUCACGCCGGUCCCGGUCGGGCCGGCUGUCGAGCUCUCGUCGCCGGUAGCGUCAACAGGCGCGCCGGCGGUCCUUGUCUCGGUCACCGCCGCGGCAGGCGUGUUCUCGUUCGGUGGAACGAGCCUGCCGGCCGGCGCCGUCUUUGUCCGCGGCGCGCCGACCGGUCUCCACACCGACCUCGCCUUUACUGCCGCGGUCGAUGACGCCAACAUGGUCCUCGACGCCCUCAUGUACACCGCCAUCACCCGCGGCAGCGACACCAUCCAGGUCACCGUUCGGCAUGCUGGCUCGCCGCGUGACAGCGACGACGCUACCGCCAGCAUGCCAGCAACCACGAUCAACCCGCCGCCGCCGCCGCCGCCGUCACCGCCGCCGCCUCCACCGCCGUCGCCGCCGCCGUCGCCGCCGCCGCCGCCGCCGGUAGUCGCCGCCGUCCCGCCGCCGCCCGAGGUCUCGGACUCAACUCGUGCAGUCGUCUUUGUCCUCGUUGGCCUCGCCGUUCUCGUCUUUUGCUUUGGCGUCGUCUGCUACUGGUGCGCGCGGUCCAAGACCGAGAACGUUCCGGACUUUACUCAUCUCGAGUUGUUCGAGAAGGUCGAGGAGGGUCACGGCAGCGCCGACGCUACCCAGCCGGCGCCGCGCUCGGCCGAGUCUGACAACGAGCCCGAGCCCCCAGUCACAGCUGAGCGUCAGCGGCGGACGCCGGCAAAGCCAAAGCCGGAACCGCAAUCCGAGCCUCAGCCGGUGCCACAGCCGGCACCAGUGCCACAGCCGGCGCCGGUGCCCGGGUCGACCGCGCCCGAGACCGAGGCCAGAGCCGAGACCGAGACCAAGGCCGAGGCCGAGAACAAGAAGCGCCGCCGGCGGUCGUCACGCCGCAGCGCUGCUGGUGAGGCCGGUGCCUCAUCCGCAAGUGCCAGUGCUGCAGCGGGCUCUCAGCCGGUCACCGCCUCAGCCGUCGCGGCCUAUCAGCUCUCGUCCUCUGACGACGGCGGUGAUGCCGGCCCACUGACGGUGUCGGACAUCACAGUCACAACCGGUCGGCUCGACGAUGUGACAGAGCGUGAGCUGCGCAAGGUCUUCUCGCUCCUCGAUGCUGACGGAUCCAACGCGGUUGAUGCAGCAGAGCUCGGGACGGUCCUGGUCCGGCUGGGACAUACGCCGUCGGAGGAGGAGGUUCAGACGCUGCUGAUGCAGAUGGACUCGGACGGCGAUGGCCUCGUCUCGCUGCAGGAGUUUCUGGCAACCAUGCGGAGCUGGCUCUCCGAGGACGAUGAGACGCAGCGCGGGGUGAAGCGCAAGGCUACCGCAGGGCUCUCGGCAGACGUGGCCCGGUUCGACAUCCACCGCCGGAUUGCGCGCUACUUUACCCAGUUCCAGGUCGCGCGCGCAUCCGACUUUGACGACGUCCGCGCACGGCUCCGUCCGUGGCUUGCAGACGCCGACAUCGAGACCAUGGUGGCAGCGGGCAGCGCCGGCGGCGCCGAAAUCGACGUACCUGGCUUGGUCACCGCGGAGGCGUCUGCCGCCGACAAGGCCGCAUUUAUGGAGGUCUUCCGCGGCGGCUCCCUCGAUGAGCUGUCCAAGAGCCUCGCCAAGGCCAAGACAAUUGAUCAAGCGCAAGAGCUGAUGGAGGUGGUCAACAACUUGCUCCGCAUCAUGGUGCUCUUUGCCACACCAAGCGAGCGCCGCGAGGUGGCGGACGACAUCCUGGCCCUCUUUGACAUGCUCGACAGCCACAUCCCGCGCUUUGUCCACUUUCUCUCCUUCAACUCGCCGGCGCUCCAGUGGGAGGUUGCGCGUGCGCUGCGGUACAUGGCCGGCGGCCCAUCCGUGGCGCUGGUGCCGGAAGAGAGCAACAUGGCGCUCGGAACCGAGUACUUUAAGUCGCGGAUGGUCGCUGCCGGCGUCCUCCCGCUCCUCGUCACCCUCCUCGAGUCGACGUACUCGGGCCUCCGCGAGGCCGCCAUGCAGACGCUGGGUGCCAUUGCGCGGCGGCACGAGACGUACCGCACCGCAGUCAUCGAAGCUGGCGCGCUCCUUCCGCUGGUGGCGUCGUUUGUUGGCUGCCUGGCGCCGUCACGCCCGCGCGGCUUUGUCGCCCGCGGCACGUGGGUGCUCGCCAUUCUCUGCGGCGCGACUCACGAGUCGCCGCCCGCCUGGGACGAUGUUGGAUCUGCCGUCACCGUCCUCAUCGAUUUGCUCCUCGAAUGGGGCCGGACCGAGAUGCCCGAGUCGGCGCUGGCCAACGUGCUCUACGGCCUUACCUUUGUUCUACCAGGCGUGAGCCACAAAGUCACUGCCCAGGUGUGGAGCAAGCUGCUGCAUCUUGCGCGGAGCAGCAAGGCAAGCGUCGCCGCCGCGGCGCUCGACUGCGUGGCUCGCCUCUUGGUCGACGACGACAUCAUGGACGCGCUGCUGCGGGAGCGGCUCUUUGAGAUCCUUGCUGAGGUUCUUUCGGCGGAGCAAAGCACGAGUUCGGUGCUCGACGCAACGCUGCGGGUGCUGACAGUUUUGGUCGGGCUCAAGCGUGCUGUGUAUGGUGUGCUGGAAGCCAAGCUGGUCCCGAGGCUGGUCGAGCUAGUCGUCGAGGCGCCUGCGCAGCGGGCGCGGGCGCUGCAUGUUCUGCGGCUCUGUGCGCAGGGCUCGCCGGCCCAAGUCCGGCUGCUCGUGCACGAGUUUUCGCUCAUCGCGCUCUUUGCCUCGUCCCUCACCCUCUUUCUCGAGCACGACAGUGUGCUCCAGUACGUGUACGGGUACUCGGGCCCGGCACUCAACUACGACCUUGUUCUCGACGCGCUCGCUGGGCUAACCGCCAUCCUCGAGUCGGGGCACGCCGCGGUCGAGGUUGGUGCCGCCACCGUCAACGAGCACGCGCUGCUGUUCACCACCACCGACUGUGCCGCGCUCGGCCAGCUGAUGGAAGCACUUGUGAGCUCCACGCCGAGUGCGGUAGUGGCGGCGUGGCGGAACCUGGUGCCGGUCGGCCAGAGCGCAGCGGAAGAUUUGGUCUUCAACAUCCUCGCCGUUGUCGCCGAGGCGGCGGGCAGCCGGCCAAGCGAUCUGGUGGCGGAAGAGCUGAGCAGCUGCGCAGGUGUGCUCCUGCACAAAUACUUUCGCAACCGACCGCAGGCGCGAACAAUGCAGGUCUCCGACCCUCAACCGGCGCGGCGGCUGCUGAUCAAGUGCGCGGCGCGCGGCGAGGAAGAGGUGCGUGUUCUGGACCUGCCGCGCGAGGCCACGUUCGCGGAUCUGGCUGCCGGGCUGGCAGAAAAGUACGGCCAGCCCAUGGUGGCCAAGUUCCGCGACGACGACGGCGAUGUGGUGGCCAUCGGGUCGGACGCCGAGUUCCUGGCGGCGCUGGAGCACUUUCGCGGCAAGGUUGCGCCAAAGCUCGAGGUGAGCGCCAAGCCGGCAUCGCGGGCCCCGAGCCCGGAGGCAAGCCGAGCCGAGCGGCCGCGAGCGGUGAGCCUUCGGACCGAGUCGGUCCGCCACAAGUACGAGCUGUUCGAGUCGCUGGGUAGUCUGGCGGCGCCCGCACUCGCCACCGUCCUCGAGCUCCACGACAAGUGGGUGGCCCGCACCGGAUCGACCCAGGGCAAGCUGACGAUGGACCAGUUUUCCGACGGCCUGCGCCAUCUUGGGUGCACCGACCCGGUCGUCAUUGCCGAGCACUUUCGCGCCUUUGACGCCGACUCGUCGGGUGCCAUCGACUUUCGCGAGUACCUCGUCGGCCUCUUGGCCCAUGUCGGCUCCUCGACCGAGGAGGAGCGGCUGCAGGUCAUGUUCCGGACGUACGACAGCAACGGUGACGGGUUCCUCUCGCGCGAUGAGCUGUACGCCAUGUUUGUCUCGGCCGAAAAGGCGCAGGCGACGUACACUGGCGACCGCGACACGUGGGAGCUUGUCGACGCCACACUCGGUGCGCUCGAUGCCGACGGUGACGGCCGCAUCUCGCUCGAUGAGCUACGUGCCGGCGUCGCCUCGGGCAAGUUGCAGCUGUUUGUAGUCGAGUAGUCGUAGCCUCCCUCCUCAACGAUACAGUACAUGAUGCAGCUUCCA